AUGCUGAGCCAUAAUAUACCUGAUAGUCCACCUACGGAUAAUGCUAGCUCAAAAUUAGUUUUAUCACAGGUAGAUAGUGAAGAUAUCUCUAUCUCUGAAGAAUCUAGUUUGACAAGUGAUAAUUGCUUCUCCACCCCAACAAACAAGAGAAGAAAAAUUAUCAAGGAACUGGUAUUACCUCCUGACCAUUUACUUCAGUUUGAAGAUCCAGAAUGGGUACGUAUCGACAGCAAAGGGAAAAAUAGCGUUUGGAAAUACUUCAAGCAAAAUAAGAAAAACUAUUCGAUUUUAAAAUGUAAUAAUUGUCAUAAAAUUUUUAAUUGUGAUAAAGAGAAAGCAAGAUAUAAUUCUGAGCCUGCUGAAAGUCAUUUGAGAAACAGCUGUAGUAACCCACCUGAUCACUUUCAUGGCAAUUUAAAUGAUGAAAAGACAAUUAAAGAGAUAUGCAAAAAGAAAAAAGAUGGGAAUAGGAAACUAAAUCAACAUUUAAGGAAGCUUACAUAUUUUGAUAUAGCCAUUCAAAUGACUUUGGAAUUCCGUCUCUCUCUUAACUGGAUCUCAUCCAAGACAUCGCGAAGGAUAUUUUCGUGCAUGAAUUUAGAGCCUGAUAACAAUGAAAAUUCAAGAACAGAGCAUCUAACAUUGAACAAAUCUAGUAUGUGCAGUUAUAUAAAUACGACGGUAAAAGAUAUUGAUUAUUUUUGGAAAAGUGAGAUAGCUUCUUCGGCCUACUUAUUGGAAAAAAAGACCUUUACUAAGAAAUAUAAUUUUCCUUUUACACUUGCUGAGAGGUUAAAAGAACUUGGAAAUGUCACUUUCAUGUCACUUGUCUUUGAUCAUUGGUCUAACCAUAAGAUAACCAACUACCUGGGUGUUUCACUUGUUACGUAUGAUGAGAAAGAAGGGAAGCAACUUCCUUUUCUCAUCAAAAUGGAUAGAUCACCUUCCGGCAAAAAAGUCGACAUAAAUAAUCAACUCGCAAAAAUCUUUAAUACGUACGCCGGCUUGAGUACAAUUACGGUAGGUAUGUCAACUGACAAUGCUACUAAUAUAUUAAAGGUCCCAAAACAACUUGCAAACAAUGACUUAUUGUCAUCCCAUUUCCUUGACCAUGUUCCUUGUUUAUUUAAUAGUGCAAAUACCAUGAACAGUACCCUCUUUGAUAUGGUUGCAAAGAGUGGUUUCGGAGACAUAGAUUCUGAACGUGAAUCAGAAAUUUUUGAGCUAGCUGCAAUGAAAUAUCAAUUAAAAUCUGAUGGUUCAAGGAGUGGCGUUAUAAAGCAAGAUAUUUUUACCGAAUUUCUUUUAUCGAAUGAUACUAAAAAUAUUUCUGCCAAAAAUGAAGCUGAGAGUAGUGACCUCCUCACCUUCCUAACUGGCGAUGUAAUUUUGAAGAAAAACAACCAGCUUGUUCUUGAUAUCAAAACUAGCCGCAGCAACCAAGAGCUGUACCGUACAUUAUGUGAAAAGCACAAGAAAUCGUACAUGGGAGAACCUUUAGCACUGAAAAUAUACACUAAAACAAGACGUUUAUCAGCUCUAGAAGUUCUAACCAGGCUAUAUGAAUUAAAGCCUGUACUGAUGGAACUAAACAAAAGCGUGGAGCUUGGUGGAUUCCUUGAAGAGGAUGACUUUAUUUUAAUUGAAGAUUUGACAGAAAUUUUAUUACCCUUUCAAUCGGUUUGCGAAAUGCUUUCUAAUGAUGCCUGCACCGUGAAGAGUACUCUUCCAUUACUUGUUUCCUACAAGAAUCUUACUGAUAAAAUGUUUGUUGAUAAAAUUAAAAGUUCAAACACAAAAUACAGACAUUUCUCUUGCUUCAUUCGUUUUAAGCAAAGGAUGGAUAGUUAUUAUGAAAUGUACAUUAACAUGGAAGAUUGCUUAUUAUCUUCUUAUUUAAACAUUACAUUUGUCAACAAUCCGGUUUUUGUACAGCAUUUUGUUCCAACUAAUAAGGAUAUUAAGAAAAGAGAGCAUGUUUCCCGUGUGAUAUCGCAAAAAUUGGCUACUAUAUUAGUACCGUUUUUGAAUAUAUCCUAUAGUUCGUUUGGAGAUAGAGAAAAAACAGAUACUAAUUCCAGCUUUGGAGAGGACUUUAAUGCCGCCGACUAUUUGGAUAACUUAUCUGGGAUACAAGAAGGAGAAGGUAAUGACAUAAAUGAACCGUUUGACGAAUUUAGUAUCAAGGGUGACUUGCAAGAAAAAAUUAAGACCGAACUUGAACAAUACCGUGAACUUGCUUUGAGCUCGAUUGAAGAAUGUAUUCGUGAAUUCUCAAAACAACAUUCAAAUGAAGAUUGGUCUGAGUUUGGUCAACAAGUUCAGGUAAUUGUGGGGGCUGAUAGGAUAUUUUGGUCGAAAUAUAAAGGUUACUUCCCACUUUUAUCUUUUGCUAACCGGUUAUUCAACAGUUUACCAUCUACGUCAAUUCAUGCAGAAAGGUUGUUUAGUUUAGCAGCACAGAUAUCUGAGCAACGAAGAAAUCAACUUUCUGAUCAGGUGUUUGAGGAUCUUUGCGUUAUAAGAUCAUUCUUAUUACGCCUACGAUUGGAUUCAAUCAACAUUACAGAUUGCACUUUAACUGAUGCGUUAAGCCUGACAAAGAAACUCAACUCCAAAGAAAAACCAUGA